GGCCAGUUCUCCAUUAUACAGCUGAUAUGCUAGAUAGAUAUUUGAUACACAUGUCAUGUAGUUUUGGAUUGAUAACCAAUAUCCCUGCUGAAACCUCUAUAAUACAGGACAUUGACAUCGGUCCCCUAUAAUUAUUAAUGGAAGUGCCUGUCCUCAAAGCAAAAGCUGACCCUCAGUAUAUUUCCUAUAUAUAAUUUACAUUUAUAGACACCACACAGGAUGCUCUUCCUGGCCAGAAGGCGCUCCUGUAAGCCUAAGUGUAUACACGUAUUCAAAAAGGUAACCUAGGUCUCGGAGGCACUUAGAACAAUGGCUGUGUAUUUUGAUCACCAUAUAGAAACUCCAAAUCUUUCAGUAUCGCCAUCUAUCAUCACGUGGCAUAAUGUUCACACUUUGCUGGCUGUGGGUUCGGUCAGCCCAACUUCUGGUGGUUGUGUCGACAUCUACGGUGAACUGGGUGACCAUGUUAUUAGUUCACAUGUCGAAAGAUCCUACCAGCUGACCCUUCUGAGCUGGCAUCCCACCAAAAAGUUGCUUGCAGUGGGAUGGGCAAUGGGCGAAGUCUUUAUUCUAAAUGAGCCAGACAAAGAGCAUCAUACCUUUCCAUCAACACACAGUGCGGAGAUCACAUUGCUGGAGUGGAGCAGUAAUAACGGCCGCCUCAUUUCAGGAGACCUGAAUGGUUUACUUGUUAUGUGGAAACUGGACCAACGAGGGCGAGUUCAGGGGCCACCAUUACUGAAGCUGGAGUAUCACAAGCCUUUGACUCACUGCCUCUUCAAACCAGUGGCUCCACAGGAGGAUAUGGCACAACUGGCCAAAGCUGCAGUGAGUGGGGAUGAAAAGGCUUUGGAUAUGUUUAACUGGAAAAUGAAGGCAGCCGCCCAACAGGAGUUCUCCUUCUUCCUUAGCACAGGAGAUGGUUCCAUACACUGGGUGAAUGAACAGGCAAAGAGCAGCCAGAUAAUUGGAAUGGACAGUCCUGCGCAGAGGCUUAUCUUCUUGGAGAAGAAAUCCAUAUUAGUGGUGGUGACAGAGAAUUUGCUGCUGUCACAAUUCUUUUUGAGUCCCGAAGGAGAUGCUGAGGAGCUAUCCAAGGUGAAGCUGUCUGGGAGGACUGGUAAAACAGCAGACAUUAUCUGUGUCAAUAACACCUUACUGAUCACAGCAACUGGAGAAAGUGUCAUAAGGUUCUGGGAUCUGGAACGAGAUGACAAUUAUGUGCUGUUCCUGGAUGAGCAAUUGGGAUUUGAAGCAGAAGAAACAAUAAACUGUAUUUCUUACUGUCCUACCAAAGCAAUAUUGGCAGCUGGCACCAGUAAGGGCAAGGUGGCUAUGUGGAACAAAAUCCCUGAUGGACGGAAGGCCAUGAGGGCCGAAGGAAAAGAUAUCUGGAAGCUUAGCACACCAACAGAAUUGGAAGGCAACAUCUCACAGAUCAAAUGGGGAUCAUCAAAGAAUCUGCUAGCUGUAAACAACCUCAGCACUGUGCUGAUCCUCAGCGAGCAUGUCAUGUCCUCCCAUUUCCAUCAACAAGUUGCAGCAAUUCAGGUGGCACCUUCCCAGCUCAGCCUGACCUAUUUCAGCACAGGAACCAGGCACAGCUUGAAGACUGAUAUGUACAUAAAAGGGGUCUUUGUCACUAAGAACUUGGUUGCAGUAUGGAAUGGUAAAUUGGUGACAGUCUAUGAACUUGGUGGGCCCACCCUUAGGAAUACAGGUUCCUUUGCCAGUGAUUCUCCUGUGCUGGCAGUUCAUGAGGAGAAUAUCUACACUGUAGAGCCUGGCAGAGUCCAAAUUCGUACAUUGCAGGGGACUGUGAAGCAGCUGCUCCCAUUCUCUGUGUCAGAAGGAAACCCAUGUAUGCUGGACAUAUGCGGCACUUUCCUCGUGGUCGCCACUGAUGCCGCCCACUUCAAGCUUUUUGACCUUUCUAGGAGGGAGGCCAAAGCCCACAGCAAUUGUAAGAACCUCUCUGAGCUGGUGCCAGGACUUGGUAGCAUUGUGUCUAUCAGGUGCAAUGCCAAUGGCAGUAAAGUCAGCAUCCUCGCCAAUAGGGCUGACGGUCACCUGGACUCCAAAAUGUACUUCUAUGAUGUUGACCUGGAUACCAUUUCAUUCUAUGACUUCUGGAAUGGCCAAGCUGAUCAGCAAGAUCCUACAUCCAACGUGGACCCGAACCUUACAGAGAGCACAAAACUCCUUGACCGCAUUCCUAUCAGUCACUUCUGGGAUCAAAGCGAACCGCGGCUGCUAGUAUGUGAGGCAAUGCUGGCCAUCCCGAAUUCAGUUAAUCCAUCGCCGAAACACAACCAGCUCAUAGAGGUUCCUCAAGGAAAGGAAGAUGUGCUGGUUAUGUCAUUCUUCAGCACCCAGGAACAUGGCCUAUUACUUCAGGAAAGCUUUCCACGACCUAUGUCCUUCCAGUCUCUUCUCGGUAUUGAGGUCCCACAUUAUUAUUUUACAAGAAAGCCUGGUGAAGAUGAAGACAAACCUGAAAGUACAGAAGUGGGCACACCACAGAUCCCCCAAAUGGUGGCCAAGAAGCCACUGCGAGACUUCAUUGGACUAGAGGACUGUGAGAAGGUAACACGAGAUGCCCUGCUGAACUUUAGCUUCUACCUCACUGUAGGAGACAUGGACGAAGCCUUCAAGUCGAUCAAGCUCAUAAAGAGUGAAACAGUCUGGGAAAAUAUGGCUCGUAUGUGUGUCAAGACGAGAAGACUGGAUGUCGCCAAAGUGUGCCUGGGAAAAAUGGGCCAUGCUAGGGGUGCCAAAGCACUGCGGGAGGCAGAGCAAGAGUCUGAGAUAGAAGCCAGAGUUGCCAUGUUGGCCAUACAGCUUGGAAUGCUGGAGGAUGCAGAGCAGCUAUACAAAACCUGCAAACGUUACGAUCUUCUGAAUAGACUGUACCAGGCUUGGGGCCAGUGGCAAAAAGCUAUUGAGACUGCAGAGAACAAUGACCGCGUCCACCUGAGAAGCACCUAUUAUCACUAUGCAAAGCACUUGGAAGCUAUGGGAGAGCAUAAUGUGUCACUUAACUAUUACGAGAAGUCAGACACCCACCGUUUCGAGGUUCCUAGGAUGCUCCUAGAGAAUCCACAGAACCUGGAGACCUACAUCAAUAGCAAGAAAGACAAAAUUCUGUGGAAAUGGUGGGCACAGUACCUUGAGAGCCAGUCAGAAUUGGAUAACGCUCUCAAAUAUUAUGAGAUGGCACAAGACUACCUGUCUUUAGUGCGAGUACACUGCUUCCUGCGCAAUAUACAAAAGGCUGCAGAAAUCGCCAAUGAGACUGGUAACUUGGCAGCUUCUUACCACCUGGCACGUCAAUAUGAAAGCCAAGGGGAUGUAAAACAGGCAGUGCAUUUCUAUACCAGAGCCCAGGCUUAUAAUAACGCCAUCAGGCUUUGCAAGGAAAAUAAUCUGGAUGACCAACUCAUGAACCUGGCAUUGCUGAGCACCCCAGAGGACAUGAUGGAUGCAGCUCGGUAUUAUGAAGAAAAGGGAGAGCAAAUGGAUAGAGCCGUCAUGCUUUACCACAAGUCAGGUCAUCUCUCCAAGGCGUUGGAGUUGGCGUUUGCUACUGAACAGUUUGGUGCUCUUCAGCUGAUAGCCGAGGACCUAGAUGAGAAGUCGGACCCAGCCCUUCUUGCUCGCUGCUCUGAUUUCUUCAUUGAGCACGACCAGUUUGAGAAAGCUGUGGAACUGCUGCUAGCCGCCAAAAAGUACUAUGAUGCCCUGCAGUUGUGCCUGGAGCAGAAUCUCAUUAUCACAGAGGACAUGGCAGAAAAGAUGACGGUAUCUAAAAACUCCAAGGAGCUUAGCGAGGAAGCCAGACGGGAACUGCUUGAACGAAUUGCUGACUGCUGCAUGCGACAAGGGAAUUAUCACCUUGCAACCAAGAAAUACACUCAGGCUGGAAACAAGGUCAAGGCCAUGAGAUCUUUAUUGAAGUCAGGUGAUACUGAGAAGAUUGUGUUCUUUGCUGGAGUGUCCCGACAGAAGGAAAUCUACAUAAUGGCUGCCAACUACUUGCAGUCUCUGGAUUGGCGGCAAGAUCCCCAUAUUGUUAAUAACAUUAUCAACUUCUACACCAAAGGAAGAGCUCUUGACCUUCUGGCCGGUUUCUACGAUGCCUGUGCCCAGGUGGAGAUUGAUGAAUAUCAGAAUUAUGAGAAGGCCAUGGGAGCACUGACUGAGGCUUACAAGUGUUUGUCUAAAGCCAAAAUGCGCAGCCCAGAGGAGCAAGAAAGGCGACUUUCUGAUAUGCAAAACAAGAUUACUCUGGUCAAGAGGUUUAUCCAGGCUCGUAGGGCAUAUCCCACAGACAAGCAGGAAGCCAUCAGACAGUGUGAGCUGCUCCUAGAAGAAGCUGAUUUAGAGGGUGCUGUCCGCAUUGGCGAUGUGUACGGAUUUCUGGUGGAACAUUACACACAGCAGGGAGACUUUCAGAAGGCGUAUCGGUGCCUAGAAGAAAUGAGAUCCAAGAUGCCGUCUGUCAAUCUCAGCUUCUACGUAUCACAGAGCACAGUGGAGGCCAUAUACCGUGCCCUUUCCAUCCCAGUCACGCACCAGUCUACUGAGCAUGUGCGGCACAACAGUGUAGAAGACAGCGAGGAGGUGGAAGAAGCGCCUGACAUAGACUUUGACGGUUAACCCUUUCCUCAUCACAGAUUCCUUUAUUUUUGUUCAAUGUCAUCACGUUUGACAUAUAUCCUUAAAAACACUGGCAGCCUUUGCACCAAAUGUCCUUAAGGGACUGCACCACAGAUGUGGCAACUUAAGCAAUGAGCGUGUAAAGCAGUGUUUCCCAACCAGGGUGCCCCCAGCUGUUGCAAAACUACAAUUCCCAGCAUGCCCGGACAGCCGAAGGCUGUCUGGGCAUGCUGGGAGUUGUAGUUUUGAAACAGCUGUGGGCACCCUGGUUGGGAAACACUUGUGUAUAGAACAUGAUGUACUGUACCAUAAGGCACGAGGGCAUGGCAUGCAGUUGUAUGUUAUUUGAGGGCAUGUACAAUUUUGCAAGGAAUUUGUUUAUAAUUCUGAAACGGCUUAAAAAAAAAAUAUAUAUAACUUUUGCAGACAGUCUUCGAUAAAAAUUUCCAACCGUUUUGCAUAUACAGCUCCGUUGCCAACCUAUGUGUAUCCAUGGCAACGUACCACACCUAAACCAUGUGAGUAGUCUGAUCCCACAGUCACGUUACUCCAUUUCCCAGUACAAGAUGGGUCAAAGUGGAAGAGAGUAAGGGCCCAUUCACACUAGAGAAAUUCUGGCAGAGAUUCUGGCACAGCAGCAGCCUCCCAUUGUCUUCAAUGUAAUUCUGCUGCACUGUGCACACUGCGGAAUUUCCGUGGCAGAAAUUCAAAUUCCGAAUUCUUCUAGAAUAAAAAAUGAACAUGUGGAUUUUUUCUGGGGAAUUCCACAGGAAAUUGCAUUGUAGUCCGUGGGGACGGCACAUGUUGACGCGGUCAUAGCACUGAUUCAUUCCGUCGGGCCCUGCUGCACACGGAAUCUCCAUGCAGAUUUUUCUCUGAGUGGAAAUUCAAUAGUGUGAACGGAUCGGGUUCACAUGUGGGGGAAACCACAUAUAUAUUUGUAUAGCUAAGAUGGCCUCCAUCAUACCUAGGUCCCAAUAGUAAUACAAACAAACAAACAAUCAUAUACAUCGCAGUAUGUUUAUUAUUACAUUAUCCAACUAAUUUAAAUAACACUAAGGUCUGUGCUAUUUCAUCCAGCAAACCCCUAUGGAUACAUCCUGAAUGGAGGCUAAAAUUAUACCCAAGUGACCCCUGUUGGGUAAAUGGUGGAAAACUUUAUUUAUUUAUUUUUUUUUUAAUCAACUGGUGCCGGAAAGUUAAACAAAUUUGUAAAUUACUUCUAUUAAAAAUUUUCAUAAAUCUUCAUCCUUCCAGUACUUAUUAGCUGCUUA